CAGAAAGCUUCUUUAUAUUCAGGUGGAGUCAAGCCUUCCUGGGCUAUAAAGUUGCAGGGAGAGGCAGGGGUAGCAGCUGUUUUGCUUAGAUCUUAGCAAGUCUCCAGUCUCAUCAUGAGGGAGUGCAUUUCCAUCCACAUCGGGCAGGCCGGCGUGCAGAUGGGCAAUGCCUGUUGGGAGCUGUAUUGCCUUGAGCAUGGGAUCCAGGCAGAUGGGACCAUUCCUGGCUCCAAGCUGGUGAAACCUGUGGAGCCACAGUCUGAGCAAGUGGAUUCUUCUUUUGAGACCUUCUUCUGUGAGACAGCGUCUGGGAAGCAUGUGCCUCGGGCAGUGUUCAUAGACUUGGAGCCCACUGUCAUUGAUGAGAUCCGGACUGGCACCUACCAUGGACUCUUCCAUCCAGAGCAGCUCAUCAGUGGCAAAGAGGAUGCAGCCAAUAACUAUGCCCGUGGCCACUACACCAUUGGGAAGGAGAUUAUAGACACUGUCCUCAGCAGAAUUCGCAAAAUGGCUGACCAGUGCACCGGCCUCCAGGGAUUCCUUAUCUUCCACAGCUUUGGAGGAGGCACUGGCUCAGGCUUUACCUCCCUGCUGAUGGAACGCCUCUCUGUUGACUAUGGGAAAAAGUCUAAAUUGGAAUUUGCCAUCUACCCUGCACCACAGGUCUCAACAGCUGUUGUGGAGCCCUACAACUCCAUCCUCACCACACACACCACCCUGGAGCACUCAGACUGUGCCUUCAUGGUGGACAAUGAGGCCAUCUAUGACAUUUGCCGUAGGAAUCUGGACAUUGAACGCCCCACCUACACUAACCUCAAUCGCCUCAUUGGUCAGAUUGUGUCUUCCAUCACCGCCUCUUUAAGAUUUGAAGGUGCUUUGAAUGUUGACUUGACUGAAUUCCAGACGAACCUGGUGCCCUACCCACGGAUACACUUCCCCCUCACCACCUAUGCACCCAUCAUCUCAUCAGAGAAAGCCUAUCAUGAGCAGCUCUCUGUGUCUGAGAUAACCAAUGCGUGCUUUGAGCCUUCCAAUCAGAUGGUGAAGUGUGACCCUCGCCAUGGGAAGUACAUGGCUUGCUGCAUGCUCUAUCGUGGUGAUGUAGUUCCCAAAGAUGUCAACGUAGCAAUUGCUGCCAUCAAGACCCGCCGCUCCAUCCAGUUUGUGGACUGGUGUCCCACGGGCUUCAAGGUGGGCAUCAACUAUCAGCCCCCAACAGUGGUGCCUGGGGGGGACCUGGCCAAGGUGCAGCGGGCUGUGUGCAUGCUGAGCAACACCACGGCCAUUGCUGAGGCCUGGGCACGCCUGGACCACAAGUUUGACCUGAUGUACGCCAAGCGUGCCUUUGUUCACUGGUAUGUUGGUGAAGGCAUGGAGGAGGGGGAGUUCUCAGAGGCCAGGGAGGACCUGGCUGCCCUGGAGAAGGAUUAUGAGGAGGUUGGAAGGGACUCAGCAGAUGGAGAAGAAGAUGAGGCUGAUGAGGAUGAGUAUUAACAAACUUCUGUCUAUUCUUCUUCAAGUCAAACCUCAGAUGAAAUACAAACUCUCUGUCAUCAGGCUAAACUGGUCUUGAGUACCUGGAGGUGCCAGAGGAUUGUCCUGAACCUCAGUGCUACUGUUUGACAUAUUAUACCUUUUUUGCUUGUAUAGUCUACGUGCUCAUAGUGCACUUCUGUAGCAUGGGUGUCUUGAGCUUUAUCACACUGCUGUUUAUCAAUGAGUGAAGCUGAAUAGGUGCCUGGCUCAGUGUUGGGGAUGCAUCCUGCCUGAGCAGAGAACCCUGCUUGCUAGCCCUGGGGAAUGUUGCAAGCUGCCUGCUUUGGUUGACAUAGCAAACUCUUGCUCUGGCUUUUACUGCAAAAGCACCUUUUAAUUAAAAUGUACCAGUACACUUCUAUGCAACUGUCCUUUGUAUUUGAAUAAAGACUUUCUAUUGCUCUGA